AUGACUUUCACCACAAACGCCUCCAUCCGCGUCUUUGGCGGACGCCUGCUCAAGCUCACCCACCAGUCCGCCACAACCGGCACGGCCAUGAACCUCAACCUCUUCAUCCCCGCCUCGGCCUCAGCCACCCACCCGGCGCCCGUGCUACUCUACCUCUCCGGCCUGACGUGCACACCCGACAACGUCACGGACAAGGGCUUCCUGCAGGCCCACGCCGCGCCGCUCGGCCUUGCCCUGCUGUACCCGGACACGUCGCCGCGCGGGCUCGGCCUGCCCGGCGAGGACGACGACUGGGAUUUCGGCAGCGCCGCCUCCUUUUACAUUGACGCCGUCCGCGCGCCCUACGACACCAACUACAAGAUGGAGACGUACAUUGCGCGGGAGCUGCCCGACGCCGUCUGCGGCGCGUUUGAGGAGCUCGACGGUGGGCGCAUCUCCAUCACGGGCCACUCGAUGGGCGGCCACGGCGCGCUUACCCUGUUUCUCAAGAACCCGGGCAAGUACAAGUCGGUCAGCGCGUUUGCGCCCAUUGCCAACCCGGGCCGGUGUCCCUGGGGCCGCAAGGCGUUUUCGGGCUACCUCGGCGACGACGAGGAGGAGUGGAAGAAGCAUGACGCUACGGAGCUCAUCAAGAGCUGGAAGGGCGGCGAAUUUCCCUGCCUGAUUGAUGUUGGCACCGGCGAUCCAUUUUACAAAAAGGGCGAGCUGCUCCCUGAAAACUUUGAAAAGGCCAUCAAGGAAGCCGGCAUCAGCGGCACGACGGUUCGAUACCAAGAUGACUACGACCACUCCUACUUCUUCGUGCAGACUUUUGGCGAGGACCAUGUAAAGCAUGCGGCCAAGGCUCUCGGCUUGCUAUAA